CCGUCACGCACCUGCUGAUUUGAAGAUCCCGUGACAAUCGAUUAAUACCUCUUAUCGGGUUACAUCCACAGUCGUGUAUGCUAGAAGAAUGGAUGCUUUGGCGUAGAAAGAAACAGACCGGUGUGACUGAUGGUGAGCGCGAAGCGGACAUGGGAGGUAUCACACAGCAGGCCACCGGCAACGACUCCGUGGUAGACGGAGAAAAUGCCAGGCCAUCAGCUGAUGGGGCUGACCCCACCACUACUCAAGCGGAAUCUUCGAAAGACGUUACACAAGCUGGCGCUGGAGAAGCCAAUGGUCAGAAGCUCAUGAGUGACGUGCCGUUACAACGCUUUCAACUGAAGCGAUGGAACGCCUGCGUUUACUGGUCAUGGGAUGUAAUGCAUGACACAUGUGUCAUCUGUAGAAAUGCAAUGAUGAGCCCAUGUAUCCACUGUCAGGCCAAAGUGGGAACAAAUCCGUUGGAUGAACUUUGCGCAGUUGCUUGGGGUGUUUGUAACCACGCCUACCACUUGCAUUGUAUCAAACGCUGGUUGGAGACGAGUGCGCAUCCCCGAUGUCCUUUGGAUAACAGUGAAUGGGAAUUUAGCCGUGUUGGACAGUGACAAUGAGUAUCGACAAGAGCUGACGGUUGGACGGCUUGAAUCUGGGAAACAAGGUAAUACACGCAUUCUAUCGGCAAUCGAUGGUUUGACAUGCCGGAAUUCAUCCGAACUUCGUUUCCCUGUGAUGAGGAAUGUUUCAUUUUGUUCAUUUCCGCAUUUGCUAUAUGCCAACAAAUAAAGCUUAUACCAACCUGCA